CGCGGCGGCGGCGGCGGCGGCGGGGGGAGAGGGCGAGGCGACGGCGAAAGGAGGCGACGGGCGCGGCGGCGGCGGCGGUGCCCGGGGCCCGCGGCGGCGGCGGCGGCGGCGGCGAGGGGCCCGAAGAUGGCGGAUGUGCUCAGCGUCCUGCGACAGUACAACAUCCAGAAGAAGGAGAUUGUGGUCAAGGGGGAUGAAGUGAUCUUUGGCGAGUUCUCCUGGCCCAAGAACGUGAAGACCAACUAUGUAGUUUGGGGGACUGGAAAGGAAGGCCAACCCAGAGAGUACUACACAUUGGAUUCUAUCUUAUUCCUGCUUAACAAUGUGCACCUUUCGCACCCUGUUUAUGUCCGACGUGCAGCUACUGAAAAUAUUCCUGUGGUUAGAAGACCUGACCGGAAAGAUCUACUUGGAUAUCUCAAUGGGGAAGCAUCAACAUCAGCGAGCAUAGAUAGGAGUGCUCCACUGGAAAUUGGCCUUCAGCGGUCCACUCAAGUCAAAAGAGCUGCAGAUGAAGUUUUAGCAGAAGCAAAGAAACCACGAAUUGAGGAUGAAGAGUGUGUGCGUCUUGAUAAAGAGCGAUUGGCGGCUCGUUUGGAAGGCCAUAAAGAAGGGAUUGUGCAGACUGAGCAGAUUAGGUCUUUGUCUGAAGCCAUGUCAGUGGAAAAAAUUGCUGCAAUCAAAGCCAAAAUUAUGGCUAAGAAAAGAUCUACUAUCAAGACUGAUUUGGAUGAUGACAUAACUGCCCUUAAACAGAGGAGUUUUGUGGAUGCUGAGGUAGAUGUGACCAGAGAUAUUGUCAGUAGAGAAAGAGUGUGGAGGACAAGAACAACUAUUUUACAGAGCACAGGAAAGAAUUUUUCCAAGAAUAUUUUUGCAAUUCUUCAAUCUGUUAAAGCCAGAGAAGAAGGGCGUGCCCCUGAACAACGGCCUGCUCCAAAUGCAGCUACUGUGGAUCCCACAUUACGUACAAAGCAGCCUAUUCCAGCUGCCUACAACAGAUAUGACCAGGAAAGAUUCAAAGGCAAAGAAGAAACGGAAGGCUUUAAGAUUGAUACUAUGGGCACCUACCAUGGCAUGACACUGAAAUCUGUAACGGAAGGUGCAUCUGCCCGUAAGACUCAAACUCCUGCUGCUCAGCCUGUACCUAGACCAGUUUCUCAAGCAAGACCUCCUCCAAAUCAGAAGAAAGGGUCACGAACACCCAUUAUUAUUAUUCCUGCAGCUACCACUUCUCUAAUAACUAUGCUUAAUGCAAAAGACCUUCUACAAGACCUGAAAUUUGUCCCAUCAGAUGAAAAGAAGAAACAGGGUUGUCAACGGGAAAAUGAAACACUAAUACAAAGAAGAAAGGACCAGAUGCAGCCAGGGGGCACAGCAGUUAGUGUCACAGUACCUUACAGAGUAGUAGACCAGCCCCUGAAACUUAUGCCUCAAGACUGGGAUCGGGUUGUAGCUGUUUUUGUGCAAGGUCCUGCUUGGCAGUUCAAAGGUUGGCCAUGGCUUCUACCUGAUGGAUCACCAGUUGACAUAUUUGCUAAAAUUAAAGCCUUUCAUCUCAAAUAUGAUGAAGUUCGCCUAGAUCCAAAUGUGCAAAAAUGGGAUGUAACAGUAUUAGAACUGAGCUAUCAUAAGCGUCAUUUGGAUAGACCAGUUUUCUUACGUUUUUGGGAAACAUUGGAUAGAUACAUGGUAAAGCAUAAAUCUCACUUGAGAUUCUGAAUCAUUUGAUUUCUCCUUUUCUGAAAACUUGGAUUGAAAAGCAUGGAUAUAGCUUGAUCUACAAACUGAAACCCAAGCUUUAUGAAUUCAUCAAGAACUUACAAAUGAAGAAGGCCACAGAACAGUCUUUUAUAAUAAGACCUUGUUUGAUGCUGUGUGCUUCAAAGGGGCAAUGCCUCCCAUCCAACUUUUUUGGCUUACAACUAUUUUUUUAAUAUUAGCCUUUUAGUCUGUAAUGGAAAUUGUAUAUUUUGAUAGAAGUUUUUUCUCUAUUGGUUAAAUUAGCAUUACUUAGAAUUUGUUUCUUUAGAAAUAAAUACAGAUUAUAAAUGUGUGUAUAUUUAGAAGUUAUAAGGCUCUUUAGGCCAUCUUGCUUCUGAUUUUUCAUUGCUCUAUGAUUCCUUUUACUGGAAAAUACUGUCAUGAAUGGUAUUAAAUUUUAGACUUUAGAAUUUCAAAACCCCAUCAAAGGGAAGUAACUAUUAAAUCAGUUGAAAGACAUCCUGUGUGUAUACUAUGUCUAUACUAACUCAUUUAAAAAGGAAUAAUGAAAAAUCAAGAACAAGUCUUCAGUUUCAGUUGAACAGUUCGGCCUUUUCAAGAUUUCUUUUGUAAAUGAAUACAUUUAAUGAAUGUACAUUCUCUUUGUUGACUUUGAUGAUUUUAAAUUUAAAGUGAUAUAUUUCUACCUGAGAUAUGUUUCCACGUGAAAGAAAUCUCAAAAAAAAAAAAAAACAGAUUAAAGUGUAAUAGGCUGUAGUGAUUUUUACUUGGAAAGUUAAAGUAUGGUUUGGGGGAAUGAGUGUGUGUCAGCGUAGUUACAGUGUAACUUGAAACUCUUCUAAGUCUGACUUUGAUUCUUAUUUUAUAUGCGCGAUAAGAUUUUGAGUCUUCUAUUUGUACACAUGUCAACUUGGGACUUCUUAGCUUCCAUUAUCCCGAAAUAUUGAUCAAUUCCCAGGCACCAAAGAACACAUUUGCUUACGUGUCUGAACAGAACAAGAUAAAAACACUGGUAUUUUUAUGUGUGUGUUCAAUGUGGUAUAAAAUAGAAAACCUAUAUUUUAACUUAGUAAAAAUAUUUUACUAUUUCUCUACUUUACACAGAGUGUUGCAUCCAAGCUGCAAUGAAUGACCAUGAUCCUUGAGUCCUGGUUUUAUCUUUUGCUACUUAAGAGGAAUGUUUAUUCCUUGAAACUUAGUUUGCCAUUUGACCAUCCCACCUUGUAUGUUGUUUUCCUCAAUGGAUAUCUCGUAGGGUACCAAAUUGGCGGGUGGGGCAUUGAAACAUUUAGGCUCUUUCUUUUAUUCAGGUGAGGAUACUUAGCCGCUGUAGAAUUUGAUGCUAUUAUAAAGAUGAGAAACAAUUAUUUAUUUUAUUAAGUUACCACAAAAGUCCAUUACCAGUAAAAUAGAAAAGAUAUUUAUUCAUAUGGAAUUCAGGGGUCUCUCCAGAAGAUGAGCAGCUAAUGUUUUAACUGACUAAAGUACAUUUGUAGUCUUAAUGGCUUCUGCCCACAGUUUUUAUAUCGUCUUCAUAGUAAAAGAAAACUCACUUUGUUCACAGAAUUUCUCAGCGUACAAAUCUGUUCUUAAAUUAUGUAUUGAAUAAACUUUCUCCAUAAUGAAAUAGUCAGGGACUCAAACCUGAAAUACUUUAGUGUAGGAUUACUUGUUAGGACUACUGCAAAGGACAUGAACUACUACCUUUCUUUGAGGAUGGUUGCUAUUUAUUCUUAAUAUCCGAAGUUUACUUGAUAACAGAGAAUGGUUAAAAUUAAUAUCUACUUUGAACAAGGUUUAUUUUUCUAUUUAAAUUUGCUUUGUGUGUAGUCAAAAGCUCCUGGGUGUACUUUGUAACAUUAGUCUAUCUAGAACAAUGCUUUACAUUUGUCCUAACAGCAGAUCCUUUGUCAGCACCUGGAUUUCUUGUUUUAUUUUUAAGAUUAAAAAAAAAAAAAAAAAAAAAAAUUUUUUUUUAAAGAAGCAAGGUAAUGGGUUACAUGAUAACAUUUUGAUGGAUAAUGUGCCAUUUUACUUUGUUCUUUUCCCAGCCCACACUCCUCAGCUCUCACUUUCAUUUUUGUUUUUGCUCUCCUAUCAAAUAUAUUCUAUUUCUCCUUUUCUUCCUCACUGUUCUUUCAUACUCUUAUUCCUUCUGCAUCAUAGUUUUCUUUCUUUCAUUGCUUACAUAUAGACACAUAGACAUGCAUAUAAAUUUUAGAUUUUUUUUUUAACACCAACACUUUGGUCCCCUAAGUAGGUUUAUAAAUUUUAGAAUGGUUAAUGAUAAACAUAACAGGAAAAGCAAAUUUUUAAAAAUUCACUACGCUCAGCCAGUCAUUAUUCUCUUGUGAUUCAGUUCAACAGCAUCACCUAACACAGUGCCUUGCACAUUUAGGCAUUCAGUAGUUAGUUAUAUGUAUAAAUGGAUGGUAUAUUUUUAGCAUUAGUGAUUCAGUCCAUACAAACAGUUUUGACCUUACUUAAUCAUAGAAUUUGAGAAUGCAGAAUUACAGGGUGUGAGAAGUAAGUAGAUAAUUUAAUGAAAAUGAAGUACACAUUCGUUCAGCUUACCUAUAUGUUGGUAAUGAAGGUACUCUUGUCAGCUUUACUUAAAAGGUCUGUUAUUUCGGGUCUCCUAAGUAACAGUAAGGAAAAGUACGUAGUUUUUAAUCAGAGGCUCACCAUUGGAGAGAUUUGAAAAAUACCAUCAGUAAUUUUUAAAAGUUUUCCUUUUUUUUUUUUUUUUGUAUGUGUGAGAAAAAGAGAUUUACCUGUUAAAAUUGUUAUUGGAAAUAAUGCUAAUAACAGUAUUAAAUGUUUUGUUUUCUCCCUCCUCUUUUCAUCUAUGUAUGUUUUAUGAGAGUGGUUGUAUUUUUUUAGGCCAUUCUUUGCACUAAACCAUCUCUCAUAUUGGUGAUAUUGGCCUGUAUCCCCAAAUGACAAAUUCAAAUCUUAUUUAUUUAAGGAACAUUUUGCUGUUUAAUAUUUAAACAACAUUUAAUAUAUUUCAUUAUUAAUUAGUAUACGGCUUAUGGUUUAUUUCCUAUUUUCUUACUACUUUACUUAAAUAUUCUUUAGCCGAAGCAGCAGAACAGCAGCUUAUACAGGAAUACCUAAUUCAUGAUGAUGAAAACCCAAGUUUUUAAGUUCAAAGAACUGUCAAUUUCUUUGCUAUGCAGAGUAACAUUCAAGUUGGUUAUGAAAAAAAGGCAUAGGUUUGAGUUAGUAUAUACACAAAAAAGUAUAAAAGUUCUCACCUAAAGAACAUUCACUAAUAUAUUUAAGAAACAUUUACCUAAAUAAAAAUUGCUGUAACUAUUAACACAAUUAAAUUAAAGUGAUGACAGGUUUUUUAAGAUGGGAAGGGAUUGUUUAUUGUACUGAUGAACUAUGCAAAUUAUUUGACAUGUUGCAGUAUCUUACAAUGUUAUAACUUACUGAACUGGUCAGAAUUAACCAUUUUGAAAGUGGGUUUAAAUUUUGUUGAGUAUUGUUUGUUGGCUUGAGAAUAAACAAGAGCCAUGCGCAUUCCAGGCAAGCAUUUUUACCACUUAGUUACACUCUGAACCAUAAAUUGUGAAAUUACUUACAUGCAAAAUUAGAGCUAAACUAGAGAAGUUUAUUUUUGCUUUUAGUCAUCCCACCCCAGGGAAAUUUAUUAAAGAAUGUGUGUGAAUGCACAUACAUGUGCACACACACAAUUCAAAAGAGUUGUUAUUCUGUCUAGUUCAGAUUCAUGUAGAAUGUUGAGGAGAAAAUAAUUGCAAGAUAAAAUUUGUAGAAAUUUGUUUUUAGCUAAAAAGCUGGUGGCUGCUGAUUUUCAAAUAAAUGCAAGUUAAAUUUAAUUACCUUCACUUUGGAAUUACUGGACUGAAUUUUCAUUAUCUACUUGGGUUUAAUUUUUACAUCGUGAUUUUCAUUAAUUUUAUAGUAAAAUGGGAAAUUGACUAAGUGUAACAUAGAGAAUUUGAUUGGGGACUUUAAAUUAGGCCCUAAAUUUUCUGAUAUAUUUAUGGCCAUGUUUAGAUGUGUUGGCCCUAACAUAGUUUCUGCACUAACAUGUUGUCAGAGCAACUAAGGAAAAAAGUGAAAAUGUACAGUAGCUGUAUAAAGAAUUCUUUUUAGUAAGUACACAAUAGGUUAAUGCUUUCAGGUCAUUGAUGUGUUUGGGAUUGUGUGUAUUAGAAACUGUUCGUAAGAGUAUCUUGGAAGUUCUAAAUUGCCACAUACUGAAAUGCAGUAAACAUUUUAUAUGAAUAAAGUUUGUGAACUACAACUAGUUUUGUGCCAAAGUUUAAAAGAUGGGAUUAUAGUAUGUCAAAAUGAAGGGAAUGAUCUUUCUUUCUAGGUAUUUUAUAAGCUGUUACAUUUUGUUUCUAUUUUAAACAUAAGUAAAGCUACUUGACCUUCAAUUUGGGUUAUAGUUCUUAAUAGGUAACUUUGUUUCUUCCAUGGUAGUAUCAGUGUGUUUGCUUAAUCAUCAACUAGUGCGUUAAAGCAGUUCCUGAGUAGAACUUAACCUUAAAUCCUUUGUUACCUGAUGAAAUGAUCUCAUUCCAUUUUGGUAGCUUUUUAAGUUAUGGGCUUUAUUUUACCUGCAACAUUUUGCUGUUAAAAAUCUUGGGAAUAUAUCUGCUGUUCCUUAGUUCCCCAAAAAUGACUCCAGCAAAAUAACAAGAAAAGUGUGUGUGUGUGUGUGUGUGUGUGUGUGUGUGUGUGUACAAUGCACAGCUAUCAAGAAGGCAGAAAAUAUUUUUAAGUUUGGGAUAUUGUCUUUAUGUAAAGUGAUUGAUGAGCUUUAUCUGGCAUAGUAUUUCUGUUCAGGAAAUAAAGAUGUUUACUUUUUGGAAUCAAUGAGUUAAAUCCAGUUAGUCUCUUUUUUUCAGUUAAGUUAAAUAAUUUCUAGAAUUAGAGUUCUUCAUAAAAGUAGCAGAUUUUAUGACCUAAACAGUUGAAGUAUGUUAAGUUUCUUGUGUCAUUGUAAUAGUACUAAAACUGUAUUCCAAUAUUUUACAUAAAAACAUCCUAGUUUUAACAUCUUAAAAUUUUAAAACAAGGGUGGUAGUGCCACACACUAGCACUUGGGAGGCAGAGACAUCCAAUCUUUGUGAGUUUGAGGCUAGCCUGGUCUACAGAAUGUGUUCUGGGACCAAGGCUACACAGAGAACUCUAUCUUGGGGAAAAAAAAAUCAUAAUCAAAACGAACCACAUUCCCAAAUAUCAAGUCAUUAACAUUAUCAUAUCGACAAUGCAAAUAAUAAUAUAUGAACCUGAUGUGACAGUUUUUAAAUGAAGGAUCUAAUGGGCCACAGUCUAGGUGUUUUUGUUUGUUUUAAGUUUUUAUUCUCUUCAUGAGUGCUCAAAAUUUAUUCUUCUGUUCCUUUUGGUUGUCUGUUCUUAGAUCCAUGUCUGUGUAACUAAAAGUGACUACUGUUGUGUUGAUUUUUAGGGCUCAGAGGUUUGCAUGUUAAUAAUAGCAUAUUGCCAGGUAAGCUUUUUUUCUUUCUCAUUUUAAGUGUUGAGUGAUCAACAUUUAGGGUGAAUUGGAAGACUGAACAUCAAGUUUUUAAAUGAUUGUAGAAAACCUAAUAAAGUAGCUCCGAAGUUUCUCUCUUACCUGCAGAUCCUUUGUCCCAGAAUUCAGUUUGGAUUUCAUCUUUAUUGGAAGAAUAUUGAAUUAAUGUUUAUAGACCUGAGGUCAUACUGAAGCUGAAGACAUCUGAAAGAUUCUAUUAUUACAUUUUGAUAUUUUUAUUGAACUCUGCUUUCUUUUCCAACAAAUUUUUAGCAGAGAACACAUUAGGUAAUUCAUUGUGGUAAAACAUGUUUAUAAGUAUUCUUAAGAUAACUGCCUUCCUAGAGUUGACAGUAUUAAGACUAAAUGUGAUAAUUGUAUCUAUUUUUUUAAGUUGGUAGAUAAUAUAAACAUUCUUUUAAAUGGAGCAGUUUGAAAGUUUUCUAUUUUUUUAAAUCAGGACUCUAAUCACUGAAAGAUAUAUCAGUGAGCUUAGCCUCAUCAUGGCUCAUUAAAGUUGUUUUAGCACAAUUGAGCAUUAUUAGCAUUUAUGCUGGUUUUGACUCUAAAACAGUUUGAAAAUAUUUUGUGUUCUUCGGUAAUGUAUUUUUAUUUUGUAAUGAAUAACCAAUUACAGAAAGAAAUGUAGAAUGAUGGAUAAAAUGAAUUGAGUUGUAAAGUAGUUUAACGAUAAAACAAGUUGAUGUAUUUUGAAGAGAAUGAAAUUAUUUGAGAAAUUUUACUAAAAGCGAAAUAAGGUAGAGUAUGAAUUUGGGAGCCAGACCUCUGAUACGAUUUUCUUUCAGCAACAUUUACCUACUAAUUCCAAGUGUAGUGUAGAGCAUCAAAGUUAGAUUUACUUACUUACUUACUUUUAGGUAAUUUGGUGGAAGGAGAAGUAGGCCAGGGCAUUGGAGACAUUUACUAGGUGAUGGUAUGUUUUGACAGCAGGUGGAAUCCAAGUUGUGCAAAGAAUAAAUCAUGGAGAAGAGCUGGCGAAAGUGAGAUGGCUUUUCUGUAUAUUGAAAGCUUCCAUCAAGUUGAGCUUGAAAGAUGAGAAGGGGAGAUUGAGUGGGGUGUGUAAAAUAAAGGUUUUUAUGAAGUGCCAUUACCGAGGUCAUCCCCCCCCCCUUUUUUUUAUACAUCUCUUUUACAAAGACUAACUUGAAGAGUUGGGAACUGACAGCUGUGUGUUAGAACAAAGGCAUCCCAGAACAUACUGAUAGUAGGAAAGGACUUUAUAUUCUGGAGAACUGUUCUUUGACUUCUCUGAGCUGCCUGUUUACUCAAUUUUUCCUAAACUUGGAUUGAGAACUCCUAAUACAGUUCCAACACACUUUUGUCACAGAGAGGUUAGUUAAAUGCUAUCCUGAUUCUUACCUAAAUCUUCCUGUGUCCUUUUUCCUUGUUAGCAUGACAUAGUAUGCCUUAUGUUUUUGUUGGCGAUGUUUUUCUUUCAAUCCUGCCUCCCUCACUUUCUCACCAAUUCCUUGAUUAUGCAGCUGCAACCCAGCAUUAUUCCACUGUCUUCCCAGAAGUGACCUUACCUUUUCUGACAGAGGAAACAGAAGCCAUGGACUUCCUGAUACUGUAUGGCUUAAGCCUUGAAUAUACAUACAAGUAUCUUUUCUUUCUAUUGGUCUAGUGUCCUGUUGCUCAUUAGGGACUUGCAUUUCUCUGCAACUUCUGCUUUGUUGCAGAGUUUACCGUACUGUUUUCUUGUAUAUUUAUCUUGUCACCCUGUAGUUAACACCCUUUGCACACAUUUGUUGCUGCCUUUUGUCUUAAACACUAGUGGUGUGCUGGGAGAAGGCUUGAUUCCUUGCCACCUGCCACCCACUUCCCUCUUCUGCCAGUAAUCUUUCUUAAUCACUAGACAAGUGGUUAUGGCACUAACAACAAGUAGUGUUUACAGUCUGUUGGCUCUACCAGAAUAUGGAAUUGGGACUUAAACUCUUGAGUCGUUCUUCCAAAGAUCAUGGACUUACAGGAAAAGUGGUGGUGUCAUCCACAUUGUGCUGCCAAGGGGACAACUCUCAAGUGUACUUUGUGAGUCACAUGGUGAGCUCAGCUUCAGUAUGCUUAGGGAGAACCAGUCUUUCAUGGGAGAUUACUUAAGGUGUUUGAAUAGAAAACUUGAUAACAAGCCAUCAUUCCCCACAGAAAUAAAGGUAAUUGACUUCUUGAUUAUAUUAUUUUUGCCUGUUGCUGAUUAGAAUAUUUCAUAGAAUGAUAUGUCCUAAAGUUGGAAUCAGUGCCUAUGGGAAGAAAUAUCUCUAUAGUGAGAACACUCAAGGGAGAAAUGAAAAGGCCUAGUUGGUUGACAUGGAGGGCAAUUUGAAUUUUCAAACAUCUGAGAAAAUUUAUAGACAACUUUCUAUAAAGCAAUACAAAACCACUACAAUGUUAGCAAAGAAGAAAGUGGUACCUGAUUAAUAAUUUACUAAGAAGACAAAACUUGAAAGAUAUGAAGGUCAUGACUUCUAGGAGACAAAUACAGACUGUUGAGUGUGGGUAAGAAGGGCCAGCAAACACAAGAAGAUGUAUUGGGCAAAACUUGUAAAUAGUAGAGGAAAUCAUUGAAAGAAUUAUGACUGAUUCCAGGCAACAUUGGGAGAAAGAUAGGUCUAGGCAAAUAGUUCAUUUGAAUACUUAUUAUUUAAUUGCCAGUGACAAGCGCUGUGUUAAUAAGCAAAAACUAGCCACAAACUCCCACAGUUUUGUAUGAUCACGAUUGACUGAGAAAAAAAAUGACGCAGAGGGAAUAUUAUUUUGGAAUAAAAUGGUUGCAGAGUUUAUCAUUUUACAAUAUUAAGGAUCAAACCCAGGGCCUUGGACAUUUUAGGUAAGUGUUUUGACAUUUAAGCUACAUCCUCAGCCCAAACUUAACAUUUUAUAUGGAUGGCCAGAGGCAGAUAAAAUGACAGUUGUGUGAUAGUUUAACCUUGUGAAUAUAUGGGAAGAAAGUGCUCCAGAUAGAGGAUCGUUCCAAAGGCAUGAGCUAGGAUCCUAUUUGCUAUUUUAAGGACUGACAAGGAGGCUACUGGGCUUAAUGUGAGAGCAGUUACAAGAAAUACAAGAGCAGAUAGAGCAGAGAACAAGAUUCAGUACUGUCUUAAGGAUCAGUAAGACCAUUGGCUGUGGCUUAUUGUUUAAUGCAGAAGCUGUUACAGUUUUUGAGAGGAAUGAUAUUUAAGUGUUUUAGGAGCCACUUUGGUUAAAGAAUAGUCCAUGUUUAGUUAAAAAGGGAAAACCCAGGAAGACCAGAUCUUAGCUACUGUAGUAAUUUAAGCAAAUAAAGGCUUAGGCCACUGUGAUACUGGUGGAAAAGUGAUGUGGUCAUAUUUUGGAGAUAAUUUGAAAGUGCAGAGAUUGGUUAUAGUGUGUAAAAUGAUAGAGCCAGCAACAUUCAAACAUUUUUGGUUUUGUCUGAGCUGAAAAACAAUUUUCUGACUAGAGUGUACAAGAUUGUGUAAGUAUGAAAUUUGGGAAUCUCAGUAAGUGAGAGGAUCAGUUUACUUUUGAAAUAUUUAAAAUGUCUUUAAGAAGAGGUGUAGGUCUUUGGGCUUUAGGCUAAAGAACGUUCAAAGGGGUCAAAAAAGGCAUGUUUCUAGACUUAUGCUUAAAAUUACUACCAAGUCCCUUCAGAUACAGUCUCUUGUCAUAAGGCUAUUUGCAGAUACAUAGACAUGGCCUGUAACUUUAUCUCAGAAACAUGCCCCUAAAAAUUUUUAAAUAACAAAUUAAUAAAAAUUAAUAUCCUGUGGUAGAGUAACUGAGAAUUUAUAAUAUGAAUGUGACGUGGCAAGUCAAUAAGCCCUGUUCUGUGGAAUAUGUCACACUCUCAGUACUGAGCUGUUUUUAGCAAAACCCAGAAGCAAGAAUGAAAAGAGUAAUAUUCUGAAAUAUUGUAGACCAUGAGAACAAAGGUGGGGCUUCUUGGAAGAUUAACAUUUGUUUAGCACCUAAUGCAAGUUGCUGAUUUUAAACAAACAAACAAACAAAAAGCUUUUAAAAGCUUACAGAAGCACUUUGGGCUAUUUUCAAAGAAUAAUUUGUAUUGAUGUUUUGGAGACAUUAAAAUAGGUCUAGAAGUUAUUUCCAAGUUAUUGAAUUGCGAACCUUGAAAUUUUAGGUAGUAAGCUAGGUUUUCAGCCACAAAAGCACAAACCAAGUAUUUUUAGUAAGCUUUUCAAAAUACUUUUCUGGUAGCACUUUGGACUUUUUGUUUAUCUGUUUUCAUAACUUUUAAUCUUUUGUAAUUUAGUAAAGCUAAUUCAGGUGGAAGCUCAGUUGUGUCAUCCUGAAUUGCUAUGAGUGACUAUUAUUUCUCCCUUUAGAGCUUCUUGUGCCAUCUUACUUUUUGUGAGAGGUUUGUGAAUUGUUGAUUGAGGGAAUCAGGACACCACUGUCAGGGCUUGUUCUUAAUUCACUUUGUAUCCAGCUCAAAUAACAGCAUCUGUAACAAUAUAUCUGUUAUCUAUUAAUAAAGCUUAAUUUAAAUACAAGUACCCACCUUAUUGUUCUCCCCUAGCACCUCAGUGAAUCAUCUUGCAUGCUCCUUGAAGUAUGUUGCUCAAAUUUGGAGACCUUUAACACUGUAUUGAUUACUUUCUUUUCAAUGUGACAAAAUAUCUGACAUGAAAUAAAAAGGAAUUCUUUGAGUUCA